UGCUCCUGCACGUAGCAUUUGUAGUGGUACUCAGCAAGAACAGAGCAAUGUUUCCUUUAUUGGAGUCUUGUAUCAAUGCAUUGUUUCCAGCAAUACUCUAAAAUGGGUUUGAUUUAAUCUCAUGGUUUACUAAUCUAGCACUUUGGGGCUGCAGCGUAAAUAAAUUGUUGCCCCUCGAAUGGUUUGAGUGCCAUGAAGAAUUGUUUAUCAUGCUUGUAUGAAUUGACUCACAUAAACUCUGCAUUCCUCUGCUUGAUUCAGCAGUGUUAGUUGCGACCUGUUAUUUUGUGGACAAUGAACUACUCCCUCCGUUCCUAAAUAUAUGACCUUUUGGUUAUUCAAUUUGAAUUACCAAAACGUCAUAUAUUUAGGAAUGGAGGGAGUAAAUGAUUAUAAUCAAAAGAGAACUGCUAAAUGGAAGAAGAUUUUAUAAUCACAGAAAAUUUGACAGCUUCUCUGUUUGUAAAAAUUGUUGCUAGCUCUGUCUAUAAGCCCAUAUUUACUUGUUUCUUCCAUUUAGAUGGAGCAAGAGCCCUCCAUGGACGACAUCGACGAGGAGGAAAUCGACUCCCCAAACAAGAUUUUGGGCUUCAUUCGUCAAAAGUUGGUGUACAAGGAACUCCAGGAGAAGAAUCCCAACGAAAAUCCGCACCCACCGCACCCAACAAUGUGUUUAGCACCCACCGCGUCGUCGAAGCCGGCCAAGUCGGGUGGAGGCAAGCAGAAGAAGUGGAGCAAGGGCAAGCAAAAGGAGAAGGUGAACAACACGGUGAUCUUCGACCAGGCCACCUACGACAAGCUGCUCACCAAGGUGCCCAAGUACAAGCAGAUCACGCCCUCCGUCCUGUCCGAGCGACUCAGGGUAACGCACUCCCUCUGGAUUUGUUAUUCUUACUUGCUUCCUUCCUUCCUAUGUGAAGUGACAUCUGGGGAUGGUAGGAUAUGUGUGUGAUGCAUCAUGGCUCCUGGUCAAGUACUUUACUAUGAUGCUCUGUUUUGGGGUCAGUCUGUACAAUUGUAAGAACACACCCAUGCGCUAGUGUUAUGAAUUGAUUGGAUGCUGGAUUCGGCUGCUGCAUCAGUUUUUUGUGCAGAUUUUGCUUGGUGUGCCAUGUUAUAGAUAGGGUGCAGUGGAUUUGAUAUGGCCAUCUGGUCAUCAUUUAUGUCAUGUGUCACAGAUAUUCAACAUAGCCAUUGAUUUGUAGUGUUUCAUAUAGUUAAAUGUGGUUUGAUGUUGCUGCUUUACACUUAAUUAACAUGUCCCUGCUUCUUACUGUCAACAAUAUGUGCCUGACAUGCCUUGUUCAUUAGAACUACUGAUUGAUGUGAGCACCGUGCAUUUUCAAGUAUGCACAAUGUAUACUAGUGUGUCAUAUGUUUGUUUAAUUUUUAUGGUGCUGCAGAUCA